CGGCCAUUCUUCUUUUCUUUACACAAAAUAUUGGAAUGCCACGAUUAGCAUAUGCAAAAGAAUGUAAAGUCAAAUAAGAGAGGAUUAGAUGAGAGAUAGAGAGAAUCUUCUGUAAGCUGCUACUCCAUUUUCAAAAUGAUGAUGAAUAUAAUUAUCUAAUGACGAUGAAGCUACCAGGUUUAACAGUGAGUGACAGUGCCUUUGCUUUGUGUCCAAAACUGAUUACUUUCUGGCAAAAUCGAGAGAGCCGACAGUGGAAUCACGAUCCACGACUUCCCAACUCAACUCUCAGAUGACGUAGUCAGACAUCCAUACCUGUCAGUCAGUCAGUAGUCCCAGCCCAACACAACAAUACCUACGCCGCGCCCCUAGGCCCCCCUGCCUAUCCGAUCCGACGCCGUCGCCGCCGAUGGACAACUCUGAUGACCUCCACAAACUAUCUCCGGCUCUUCACGAACCCAUCAGCACGGCCGCCGCGGAACCCCUCCUCUCUAAACCAUAUUCGACUCUCGACCCGCCAGUAGCCUCCACUUCUGGACCUGAUGAUGAUGACCACCUAACUCAGUACCUUCAGAUCUCGUACAAUUACGGGCCGCGCUCUAUUAAAGAUUUGCCUUUUCUCAUUCUCUUUUGCCUCUUCGUUAUCUCCACGUACGGGUUCGGAAUUUUCGCCUCUGUUCACAGAAACCCUCAUCGUUCCCAAGUCUCGUCUUUCGUCUACAACACUUCAACUGCCUCUUGUACACUUAUUGCUGAUUUACGGACUCCAUUCUCCAAUUCCGGAACUGAUAAGCCCUUAUCUUUAAUUUCCCCCAGGUCGGUUCUCCUAUUUAGGGUGGUUGACUAUUCAUCGUUUUCACUGAAUCCCUCUUUGUUAAACUCCAUUGGGUCAAGUUUUUGGGAGAGCUUGAUUUGGACUCUCGUAAUCACUCUAAUUCUCAGCGCGCCAUUUAUCUUUUGCGUGCUUUUGUUGCUGAAGCACUACACGAAGCAGAUAGUCUAUGGUUCGCUUCCUUUCUUUGUAAUAGUCCCAAUUUUCAUUAACGUAUACUGGUUUGUAGCUUGCACUGUGAGUUCUAGGUGCAGUGAUGCUUUUCCUCUGGGUUAUCGAAUUUUUGUUCUUGCUUUCAUCUUCUUGGUGAUUGGAGUGAUUGUGUGGAUUUUUAUAGUGAAUUGGCAUAGAGUUGAGUUGACAGUGAGCAUUAUUGGUGUUGCUGCUAAUGCAUUGUCCAAGAACUUAGGAUUGUUUGGAGUUCUUCCAGCUCUGACUCUUGGUUUGAUUGUGUACUAUGUUCCCAUUGUUGUGUUUCUGAUAUUUGCAAACUUGAAUGGAGAAAUUGUGCCCAAAGAAAAGAAAGGAGAAUAUUUAUGUGCUUGGAAGCAAGACAGCUGGGUGCCGGCUUACUAUACGUUGGCGAUCUUGACAAUGCUUUGGUCUGCCACUGCCAUGGUUGAAGCUCAAGCAUAUGUGAUCAGUGGGACUAUUGCACAGUGGUAUUUCUCCAAGGAUGAUAUGAGGCCCAAGCAUGGAAUAAGAAGCUCCCUGAGGAAUGCAUUUGGACCUUCUUCUGGGACCGUAUGCUUCUCUGGGCUGCUAAUACUUGCUGUCCGUGUAGUGCGCUCUAUUGUUGACAAUGCAAGGCAAGAAGAGUCGUCCGGGAUUGUGAACCUUAUUCUUCGGUGCUGUGCCAAUGUCCUGCUGGCAGCAGUUGAUUUUCUGAACAAGUUCACCAUAAACUUUGCAGCCAUAACCGGGGAAGCCUAUUGCAGUGCUGCAAGGAUGACCUAUGAACUUCUGAGACGCAACCUUCUGUCGACUGUGUUUGUGGAGACAGUUUCGACUCGGAUAUUGGGUGGGAUUGUCCUCGUCAUAUCUGCAAUCUAUGCAAUAGUGGUAUGCGUUGUUUUGAAAGGUGCUGUACAUUUGGGGGACAAUGCAUACAUUGUGAGUGUUGCGGCGUGGAUAUUAUUGAUUGUAAUAAUGGGGUACUUGGUGCACGUUCUGGAUAAUGUCAUCGACACGGUGUAUGUGUGCUAUGCCGUGGAUAGGGACAGAGGAGAGGUUAACAAGCAGGAGGUGCACGAGGUUUAUGUUCAGCUUCCUAUCAGUAGAAGUCGUAGUCGUAGAGCAGCAGCUCCCGGAGCCUUACUUGUGAGCGAGUGAUCUUUCCUUACCUGUCCAUACUACAUUAAAGUGAUCAAUAAUUGGUGUGCAGUGCAGUAUAGUGAGUGUAGUGUAACUUGUCCGGAAGUGACACGCCCGCGCUGAGGUCUAGACCAGCUGUCCGUUGUGCGCAAUAUGUCCGGAAUAUACUAUACAGUAUGGAAGAAUAAUGCGGAACACUUACUUGCACUGAGGUAUAAGUCAUUAGUCGACUCGUACACAUGAGACGAACUAUGGCCGAAAAUCAAAGGCAAGAAUGUCAGCAUGUGGCAGUAGUGUAGGUAAACUUCACCUCCGAGGAUAUGUAUAUAUAUUUAUGCAAAUAAGGAUACGGGUUUGUUUUGGUUUUGAUCUUAUUUCGGGUAUGCCGUUAUAAGUAAUUAUA